AUGCCAAAACAGCUCUUUUUGAUAACUCCAGCUAUCCUUUAUAAGACGCUCCUCAACCGGUACAUAAUGCUGAUCAUCCUGUCCGGCCUUCUAGCAGCAUCAAUGGCGGUAACGCCUACCGAAUUCAAAGAUGGUGAUAUUAGACUCGUGGAUGGGCUGGAAGAAAAUUCCGGUACAGUUCUCAUCUACCGGGGCUACGCCUGGGGCCUGGUCUGUGAUGAUAGUUGGAGCCUAAAGGAGGCUGGCGUCGUCUGCCGCCAGUUGGGUCUCGGUCAAGCCCUACAAGCUACACGAAAGAACCAAUAUUCUCGUCUAGGCUCAACCUCUGCUUCGAACUCGCCUGAGUCUCACCAGCAACCCCAAGGGGAAUUAAAUCCAGAUGGCGAUAGUUCAGCAUAUAAUUUCCACAUAAAACUCCUGCACCAUACAGUCAAGAAGGGCAACUUGGCUACAGAGAAUAGACGAAUUUAA